GGAACGUCACAUCGCGAGAGUGGUUAGACCUGAAAUCGCUUUCAGCCGUGCUAUGCUUUCGAGGUGUAAUUCUGUGGCUUCUGUGCGUGCCAUAGUGCAUUAUCCUCGGCAACAGUCGAAUUUUCCUUUUCUGUUCUCGGACUGUGUACCGUCAAGAACAUCGUCCGAGAAGCGCUCUCUCUAAGGAGGAAGACGAGGAAGAGAAGGAGGAGGAGGAGGAAAGGGGCAGCGGGCAGUUUAGAGGAAAGUGUUGGGCCCUGGCCGAGGGAAAGAGAGAGUAUGAAAGUCGAGAGGAAGGGGGCGAGGGGAAGAGAGGAAAGAGUCAGCGAGGUCGGUCUUCGUCGCGAUUGGCCAGGCCGCGAGAUGUCCACGGAACCGUGUUUGUAGGCGACUCCUCAACUCAUCAACUGCGCAAGCAGGAAGGCAGGAAGGCAGGCAGGCGAGCAGUAGCUGUCGCAAUCUAUGACCGAUCGAAAGGUUUGCAACCAGAGUGCGCACGAAUUCCAGCCUCUCUAUUUCCGAGGCUGCUCCCGUAACCGAAGGCGAGGGAAGGCAAGGGAUUGCCGCGGAGGAGCACGAGGUGGAAGCGCAACAUUGCGCCCUCCUGCACCCGAGUAGGGGUCCGUUUGGUGAACCACAUUCGGCAACGGUGGUGCAGAGCGCAGGGAGGGUGCUCCUGUUGGGCCAUUCUGCUGCUUUGCCUCCGGUGUGGAGGUGGGUCGGGAGUUCCCUAUGACCAUCUGUGGGGAUAGCGCAGGGCGGCAGUGCGGGGCGUCUGAAGUGGGGAGCUCGGGGCAGCGAUCUCGAGUCGAUGAGGACGACGAGAGGUUCGUUGUCGGUGGUGCUGGAGCCUUCGAUUUCCGAGUGUGACGGAAUGAGGAUGAAGGGCAUUUGAAUCACAGCUGACAGAAGUAUGUUUCGGUCUUCAUAUACUUUGCGUGUGGACCACCUUUCAUUAUCUUUUUUUUCGGGCCAAGGCAGGUCGCAAUUGAACAGCGGAACAUGCGUGCUCGGGGCCCUUGCUUCUAUUCAUGGAUGGAGCAGCAUUAGCUGUUUUUCUCCUCCCUCCUCUUGUCCGACACCCCCCUUGAACUUUGAACAGUUGUGCCUGUUACGAGUUUUCCAGAAGUUUUGAUCACAAUUUUAUCCUGCGAUUUUUGACCUCCCCGUGUCAGUUUCAGCCGGGCUUUGCUUGAAGCAAUUGUUGGGGCCGAAGACCAAUCUCAGUCUUUUAGUCGACUAUUUGGGCUCUGUUGAGGCACUUGACCUUCUCCCUCUGAAACACCAUUUGUGUCUAUGUUUGAGCCACAAUUUGCUCUUGACAUUUUUUUUAGAAGGUUCUGCCUUAGGUCUCAUAAGAGUGUGGAACCACCCCGUACACAUGUAGGGUCUUCGUUUUGAGCAGGUCGAAGCCUACCAUUGUUGCGUAUACUGGUUACGCAGUCACCCUGAUGAUAUAUUCAGGACGAAGUCAACCCGUUCACGUUAGGGCCGUAUUUUAUCCAGGGGCUUUUUUGGUGGGUUCCUGAUUGUCGUGAAGCCUCGACGGAAAGUGGGCUCGCGCAAUGGCCGAAAUGGAUAAUGGAGAGUACGAAGUCAAGGAUGAAGAGCUGGUGGAUUUUGAGGGAUCGGACUAUGGAUUUGGAUCUGACGAAGAACUGGAGAUUGACGAUGAGGUCGUGCAACCGCACCUUGUGGGUGUUGAAGGGAAUGCUGUGUUGACCUCUGAGGAGGGCAAGCAGACGGAGACAGGGCAACAGGUAAACGGAGGUGGGCCGCUGCAUCCAGGCGAACACGACGUCAUGUUUCUCAACGAAACAGAGAAUGAGAGGAGAGAAGGAGCGGAGAGCGGUGAAAUUGAAGAAGAAAAGGACGAGAAAGAUGAUGGAGUGGUGGUGCAGCCUCUUUCGAGCUUUGUCGUAGCAAACAACAACCAUUCUUAUGAGGGAAGGGUAGGGGAGACUAGAAGAAAGCACCGUAAAGCUGAUUUGGAGGAUGGCGAGCUUGACGACGCUGCCAUGCCUGAGGGUUCUGAUAAUGAAGCAGAAGGGAAUGCGGAUGACGACGACGAAAACGAAAAUGAUCGCCGGGAGAGGAAGAGGAGGAAAGAUAGAUUUGCACCCGAGAGGCUUUCCGAGAACUCGGAUCGAAAGGAAAGGGAGUCGUUUACUUCAAUAGCUGGUCGCCAACAUCGCAGCCGGGGAAGCACUGAGAGGCCGUUGGAGCGCUCAGGAGGUUUUUCCAAGGCUGGUAAUGCUGGUGUCCGAAGCGUAAUGCAAGUGGGCGGAUUCGGCCGUGCCGCAAAUAUGGCUCCAGGUAUUAUGGGGCCUGGACGACCUCUUGUGCCCUUAGAUCCGGCUACACUACCAUUGCGGCCCAUGGGUCGUGGUUUUAUGGGACCUCUCGCUGGAAUACAAAUGGCCAACAGAACAAAUAUGCAUUUGCAGGAAGUGAUGGCAGUACAAGAGCACAUGUUACGUUCUCAUCACUAUAUGCAACAGUUGGCGCAUGCCAAUGCUGCUGGUCGCGGAAGGCACCCAUUGGCCGGACCAGUUGCAGGUCCUGGGAUGAGGCCAAUGCCAGGUAUGGAAUUUGGAGGACAGUUUCCCCAAGGGAUGAUGCACCUCCAGGCCUGUCCAGAUUUGACAGCACAGAUGAACUUUGUGGGCCCUGUCGAUGCCUUCUCAAGAAAUACACGGGCAGCUUACGGCGGUAGGGGACCGGGAGGUAUGUUUGGACAAGUCGCUGGUCGGAUGGGAUCUUCUCAAAGAAAUGGCAUGGGAAGACAAAACUCGUGGGGAUCCAGUACUGUCCAGAAUGGUGAGUUACUUGCCGUAGGAGGGAGGGGUCAAGGAAGAGGGCAGGUGGCAGGUCCCAUCUGGAGUGAUCCACACGUUAUGGCGCAAGCUGCGGCAGCUCAAGGAGUCCAAGCUCAAGGUAUAGGAGUCGGUGAAACUGUAAAUAUGGUGCAGGCUAGGGGUGCAGAUGUGAUGACUAUGGGACCUGCAAAAGCGCGGCAGUCUUCACAGACCAUCGGACAUCUUAGUGAAUCACAGAGAGUUUUAAAGAGGGCUGAGCCAGUUGGAAAAUUGGAACCCGAUGGAACGUGGAGAGUAGAUGGAGAAUGCGGUUCAAGAAACGGUGCUCCUCAGAAGAAGGAAAAGGAUCUCAAGAAUGUGAUGUCUAGUACCAGUGGAGCUGGAAACAAGCGAGAAAGAGAGCUUGGACGGGAGAAAGAAUCAAGCACUAAUUUAAGCAAUGCGUCGAAGAAUGUUUUGACGCCUCAAGGACAUGGUCUCAGCAACGGUUCAGCAUCUGCCAGUAAUUUGAUUCAGCUUGGUGGUCCUGUUCAAAAGAGCAGGGUGUUGACCGUGAGUGGCCUGCCAGAUAAUACAUCGAUGUCAGUUGUUGUCGAUGCCUUUGAGAAGCAAGGAAAAGUCACGGAUUUCCGAAAGGAGGACCGAGGAGAUGCUUUCACCAUAACUUUUGCAAGUGUAUCUGAAGCUAUUUCCGCACAACGGCAUUUGCAUAGAUCUCAUCUAGCAGGCCGGCAAAUAACAGUUGAAUAUGCUGUCCACCAGCCUGAUUUAUAAAGUACAGAGCUACGUCUAACUUAGGUCCGGGUGGUGAGCAAUUUGUAAAUUUUCACACUAGUCUUUCUCCUUCAUCAUGUCUCACCUCUGCGCCUCCCUUAAAGUAAAUGUUAGGGUCAAGGGCAGGGACCGGGGAUGUUAAUUUAUUCGAGAAUUUGUUAUAUGUUAACAAUUUUGACAAGUUACGGCAUUGUUUAAUUUAUUACUUACACCUUAAGGUCAGUUGACAGAAGCUUCUUCAUCCCGAAGUUCUGACGAAGUGUAGACCUCGACUUCUGCUAUUCUCAGUUGUUCAUGAUGGAGGAUUAGUUUCUCUUUGUGCAUUGAAAUAGUAAUUUUUGAUCCUCGCUAUGUUCACUAAAUGACAGUUUUGUGACACCAAACUAAGGGUUGAACCUUACAAGAAGCAUUUAGUCUUGGCUGGUUACGACACAUUAUAUUAAGCACAGCUUCGGAACUAUAGUUGUUCACAAAAUAUGGUCACCCCAUGCGUCAUGUGAUAAUAUGCAGUAUACUGUCCACUGCAGUGUAACUCUCGAUCGGGACUUGGCGCAAUACCUAGGUUGGUCACUUGUAUGUCCGAGUCAGGGUCGAUAGUGUCCAGCGGACAUAUGAUGUAACUUUUUUUAAAAUAAUUGUUACACAAAGCCAC